AUGCAGCCCAUGAUUAUUGUGCAAGAAAAGUUGCCUAAAACACAACCAACGAGUACAAUGUUGGCCGUGAGACACUUCGAAGUCACUCUUCAAACCCCGUCGCUCAGUCUAUCUAGCAUUCCCAUUCUGAAACAAGCUGGACAACAAACUGCCCUUGAAUGUAUGCUGGACUCGCUCUCAAUUGAUGUAGGCCAUCUGUCUGAAACGGGGAUUCAAGAUCCAAGUACGGUUGUUGAACUGACCACUCAUUCGGUUUCCGUUCGCUUCUUGCUGCGAACCUCUGGUAAUCCGGAAGUCGCUGACGGUGGUUCUGCUUGGGUUGACAUUGUUCUAAACCACCGAGUUAAACGCUCCCCGCUUGAAUGA